AUGACAGUAGACCAGUUCUAUGAUUUGGGAGUAGCUCUCGGUUUCACCAUACAACAACUGGAUGUCAUAGAAUACAGGAGGUUCCGUGACAGAGAGCAGGCCAUCUAUGACAUGUUGGUGACAUGGAGAGAGAGACAACCGUCCGGCCAUGCAGCAAGGGAAAUGUUUCUCCCACUCAUGGAAUCAUUAGAUUCACCAGCAGAAGAAACAGCCAUCUCAGACAUUGGACUAACUGGAGAAAUUCCUGACAGGACACUGCUUGCGUUCGCCCGUCAGAUCAAACCAAAGAAGUUCUAUGAGAUUGGUGGGAAGCUGGGAUUCAACAUAUCAGAGUUACAACACAUCGAACAUCGGACAUUAUGCAACAGGAAAGACGCUAACAUCCAAAUGCUCUCACGUUGGAUAGCAUCUCAGACUUCAGGGCCUAAAGCAAGGCAUACACUGAAGCUGGUUUGGGAGUCUGUGCAGGACGCAUCGAAAGCAGAGAAAACCAAGGAUGGUAGAUCUGCAACUAGAAAUUUUGGGGCCCUUGGAGGAAAGCUGUCUACCAAAUCCCAUGGGUUUACACUGAACAUUCCACCCGGUGCUCUUGAGGAAGAGGAGGAAAUCAGCCUUCAGGUACUAACAGAGAUUCCAAAUGGCCUCACACUUGAAGCGGACGAGCUUCUAGUCAGCCAUGGCUUCCAGUGUUACCCGUCUGGGCUACGGUUUAAGAAACCGGCAAAGCUGAUAAUACCUCACUGUGCAUUAGUCACUGCUCCUAACAAAGUACAGACCAUACUGUAUUCUUGGAAUCAGUCAGGUACUAACUAA